AUGGAACCAUAUUGUUGUUAUUGUGAUAUUAAACGACGUUUACCACCAUUAUGUACAGUUUCAUUU